AUGGCCGGACGGUGGGCGGCCAUGGUGGCGGUGCCCAUGGCGGUGGUCAUGGCGCUGGUGAUGUGGGUGAUGGUGAUGCAAGAAGAGAGAGAAGAGGCGGGAAACAACGUCAGGCAGAUGCUCAUGGCGCGUAGCAUCGAAAGGGCGGCGAUGGGAGCCAACGAGGCAUGGAACCGCCUGAGGGACCAUGAAGAUAUCUGGCACACGUCAAGGGAAACAGAGGAGGCGCCGCCCAUGGUCGAGACUCCUCGGAAGUUUGAUAUCCCACCACUCAACAACCAGCCAGAGAGGAGCGAUCUGCAGUACUGGAGCACCACCCAGCAACCGACUCCUGUAUGGGUCGACCUUCCUGAGGUACUGUCGAAUCCUCCUCCGGGUGAAGAGGGGCCCGACGGGGAGCCUCCAUCGAGCGGGUCGUCGGUUGUGAGAUGGGGGGCUCCUGUGGUGCGGAAGGUGCCGGAGAAGCUGCUGGAUCAGCUCAGGAGGAUGAACCACCUCAUCCAGAAGGUGAAGGAGUCAAACGAGAUGUCAAAGCUGCUGCUGGACGAGGAGGAGAGGACGAUGGAGGAGCUGAGGGAGAUUCAUCAGGAGCAUGUCGACGAGCAAGUCAAGGCUCUAGACACAGAGAAGGCCGUCAUCAGCAACAGGCUGAACAUCCUCAAGCCUCUUCCAGGUCCUCCUGGUAUCGAGGGCGAUCAAGGGCUUCCAGGGUUGGACGGCACACCAGGAGCACCUGGAAUGUAA